UCAAUGCGGGGCGCUCUUGUCACAAAAUGAGUUGUAUAAAUGUCAGCGUCUGAAAUGAAGUGAAUCAAAACACAAAUACAUUACUCCAAAAAUUAAUAAAUUAUGCAAUGAUCAAGUCGCGUCUCACAGUGCCAUAAAACGCCAUUAACAGCCCAUCCGAGACGCGCCCUAUGUGCAAACACAACUAGAAGCUUAUGUCACCUUCAAAGCACACAAGGAGGAAGUACACAAAGCAAGUAUCGAUAGUUUACGUCAGAAGUCAACAUUUAGCAUAAAUGUAAAAAAAAAAAAAAAUUACAACAUCAAAUGACUUUUGUUUUUAAUGUAACCGUUAAAAAACCGAAACAAAUACAGUGUAUAUAUGCAACGUUUGACCACGCUUGUAACAAGUGACUGCGUCAUGAAUUAUUCAUGAGAUGCUAAUGAGCUAUGAUCUCCGCUCUGACUCGAAGUCGCAAGUCAGAAGUAGUUGUAGUCCGCAAUCACAAGAUAAGUCAGUGGGGGUCCCACCUGCGUGCCCAACUUCUCUUCCGUUCUCUAUCCUCUUGUGGACACCCCCUAAAUGAAAAAUAUAAUGUCGCCUUCGGUGUCCCCUCGCUUUUUUUCGGAAAAGGAGGUAGCCAAGAAUUGCACCAAGGAUUCAUGCUGGGUGUUGUUAGGGACGCGGGUGUACGAUGUGACGGGGUUCCUUCGGAUGCACCCGGGCGGAGAGGCGCUCAUUCUCCGCCGCUCAGGCAAGGACAUCAGCCGCGAGAUUGAAGGACCUCCGCAUCGGCACUCGGAGAACGCCCGGAGGUGGAUGGAGCAGUACUACAUCGGUGAAAUCGACAGAGACAGCACAGAUGAAGACACGGAGACUCUGAGACAGAGAAAGAAAAUCACAGAAAAUACCACAGAAGAAGAAGAAACUUCAGCCAUCAGCAAAUGCAGCAAAGUCGAUGAAGAAAAGGAUCUGGUAGACUGGCAGAAGCCUCUAGCUUGGCAAGUUGGAUACCUUGGAGAAAAGUACGACACUUGGGUCCAUCAGCCCGUGGACCGACCAAUCAGACUGUUCAAAAAUGACUUUUUUGAGGCCAACACAAAGACUUCAUGGUACAUGGUGCCAAUUGUAUGGAUGCCUUUAGUUAUUUAUCUGAGCUGGUACUGCUAUACAUUAUUGGCACAAGAGAGUACAAGACUUUUCAUUACAUCAGAUUACUCCGUUCUGAUCCACAAGUACAGUUUUCCAUUCAUCUUCAUGCUUGGCAUGUUUCUGUGGUCUUUUGUCGAGUACUGCAUCCAUCGCUUUGUCUUCCACAUGCGUCCACCCGCCCACAAUUAUUACCUCAUCACGCUGCACUUUCUGCUGCAUGGCCAGCACCACAAGUCUCCAUUCGAUGGCUCUCGUCUAGUGUUUCCUCCGAGCCUGGCCGGCCUCGUCAUUGGCAGUUUUUAUCUGAUACUCAGACAGCUCUUACCUGAGGGUCUGGGUAUGUCACUGUUUGUCGGGGGUCUGUGUGGAUAUGUGGUCUAUGAUAUGAUCCACUACUACCUGCACUACGGCUCACCAAGCAAAGGCUCCUACCUGUAUGGACUAAAAGCUUACCAUGUCAAACACCACUUUGAACACCAACGGGCAGGUUUUGGGAUCACCACCACAUUCUGGGAUCACCCUUUCAACACAGUCAUCCCCGAGCAGAAGUUUUAAAAGAGUUCCUCUUUUGCCACAAAGACCAAACCAAUAUGCCCUAAAAACUCUCAUAAGCCUCUCCCUUACCCAAUCCAUCUUUGUUAGGUACGGUGUCUUACCCUGCUGCUGCUACCAGCUAUAUCCUCUAAGUUCUUCAUCGCCACUAUGAUCAUCAAUUAUAUGAGAAGGGGGAGUGCCUGAAUCACCGAUUGUAAAGCUAUAUGAAUAUUUAUAUACUGUGUGAAUGUACUGAUGAAUCAACCAUUUUCAAAAUUAUGUCUUUUAUUAGAGGCACUAGAAUAUCAAACUCACAGUUUUGCCCAUCCAUGUAACGUUAGGAGAGGUAUAGACAGAUAACGAUAAGUGUGGGACGGUGUGUGAAAGUGUGGACGGACAAGAGAGUGUAAUUGAUUCUUAGAUGUAGUGUUAAUAUGCUGAAGGAUGACAGAAGGAGAAGUAGGACUAUGCGGUCCUUUCGGUGGCCAUGUGAGCCAUUGCCUUUAAGGAAAACUCAGGAAAGUCUCAGAUGCUUUAAUCUUCUCAGUGUUGAUGCUCCAACCACUUACUCCCAUUUGUGAUGCUAUGACCCUUUGUUUCUCUGUCCUCAUUCUACAUAGGGCUGCAAAUAACAACUGUUUUUACCAUCGAUUAAUCUGUCGAUUAUUCUGUCAAUUAUUUCUUUGAUUAAUCUGGAAAAAAGAUCAAUUUUCAUGUGUUUUGAUUAGGAUUUAAAUUUAAAAAAAAAUUCUUGGCCAGUGUUUAUCUCAAAACAGUGUGCAAAGUGAAGUCCAUGAAAACAAAUAUAAAUGUAUGAUUGAAUGUUCUACAUAUAUAUAUAUAUAUAUAUAUACACAUAUAUACAUAGAUACACACACACACUACCGGUCAAAAGUUUGGAGUCACUUGCCUGAAAUGUUUCUCAUGAUCUUAAAAAUCUUUUGAUCUGAAGGCGUAUGCUUAAAUGUUUGAAAUUAGUUUAGUAGACAAAAAUAUAAUUGUGCCAACAUAUUAAUUUAUUUUAUUAUAAAACUGAAAUGUAAUAAUUUUUUUAAAAAAAUUUUUAAUUGAUGACUUGGACCAAAUAAUAAAGAAAAGCAGCCAAUAAGUGCCCAACAUAGAUGGGAACUCCUUCAAUACUGUUUAAAAAGCAUCCCAGGGUGAUACCUCAAGAAGUUGGUUGAGAAAAUGUCAAGAGUACAUGUCUGCAAAUUCUAGGCAAAGGAUGACUACUUUGAAGAUGCUAAAAUAUAACACAGUUUUGAUUUAUUUUGGAUUUUGUUUAGUCACAACAUAAUUCCCAUAGUUCCAUUUAUGUUAUUCCAUAGUUUUGAUGACUUUACUAUUAUUAUAAAAUGUGAAGAAAAAAAAAAUUAUAAUAAAGAAUGAAUGUUUCAAAACUUUGACUGGUAGUGUAUAUAUAUAUAUAUAUAUAUAUAUAAACUCCACAGUUUGGAAGCAUAAAUAAUAAUAAAAAAAACAAAGGCAAGGUUUCCAUUAAAACACAGUUCUGUAGAAAAAUGUCAUUAAGUUUUUGCAACCCUUGGGGGCCUUUCACAUGCGUUUUUGUGUACAUCUGUGCAGUUUUUCUAUGUAAACAUGCACCUUGUAUUGGCAGUUGCCCCAUGUUAAGACCCUUUUAAAAAUGUGUCUCGAGAAACCUGCGUUCUGUUCAAUUUUUUGUCGAUUUUUCUUUUAUGCAAGACGCUUUUGGUAUGAACGGCCCCUAAUUCCAUGUUUCAUUCUGCUCUUUUGGUGUGGGUUAUUUUAACCCUAUAGGCUCUGGUUGUCUUGAAUCUUGCACUUACUUUGUGGUACAUGGGGAAUCAAGUUCUAUGACUUGAUGGAUAUCACAAGCUUACUUUCCUUUCUCAUCUCAUUCACUUAGAGGUGUGUUUUUGCCAAUUUUACAACUGAAUAAUAACAAUAUCCUGUACUAGGGAAGUCAUAACCAGCUGUUCCUCGGAUAAUAUGUUACAUAUCCAGUGAGAUAUUAAAUUAUUGAGGAUUGAAGCUGGCUUUUGGUUUCUCUGACUUGCACGUGGAGAUGUGUUGUCAUGAUUACGCACUAUUGAGGGCAUGAAGCGGGGUGUAUUUGCCUCUCCUGUCGGUGGGUGUUGCUGGUUGUCCGUAGCUGUCAUAGGGUGGAGGGUCUGUAUAAAUCCUCUGUCGUUGUUGUAGAUCUAGCCAGUGCGAUCCCGCCAUAUCUGGUGUGACGAUCUGUUGCAUCUGACCAGGCCUCAGGAGAGGGCUCAGAUUUGAGAACAUCCUUGGCUGAUCUCUCAUCAGCUGAUAAAGCAGAUUUUUCCAAUCUCCUCAAUCACUUGUCUUGUGCACAUGUGCAGUACUGUCUCCGUUUCGUCUGACACGUUUGUAUUUUCUUAACUCAAUCUAACUCCUGUCUCGGUCUUGACUUUUGUUAAACUUACUGUGUUGAUGUAAAAAUUCUGGGAAUUUUCUAGAAAGGUCAAAUUGGAACUGUGGCCUCAUUUAGCUCUGUUUUAUUGGUUGUAUUUUGUCAUUUUGACAUAUUACAAUAUGAGUAUAAUUAAUGUUUUUCUAAAAUUCAUAUGCCAGUGGUCGUUCAUUGAUUUCCUAAUUUCUUUGUAUGAGCAUUAUGAGGCCACUGUAUUCUAUUUUGUCCUUGAAUAUAUGUGUGUGUGUGUGUGUGUGUUUGUGUUUAAGUAAUAAUGAUCCUGAUGUGCCUUAUAGCGGCAUUCCCCACUACAUAUUUCCUAACCAAUCAUGUAAUUGGUUGGACAUCUCAGCCAAAGACAUGGAAGGAGGUGUCAGGGUUUGAUUAGGACAGGGACUUUCUUCCUACCAUGAUUAAACGGCAGAAUGAAACGAAUAAAUUACAAUGGACAUUGAAAUGUUUUUGAUUAUUUUGUAACUGUGACACCCUCCUGAGCUUACAUGGAUAGAUCCCAUGGCAUAGGAGAAUGCUUUCAGUUUAAGCAAGUAAACAGAGCAAUUUGUGUAUCUAUUUACUUGUUAUCAAUAAAUGUUUUAAAUUCUGAUAAGAAAAAAUUUCAGCUACAGAUGCCUCUAGUAAAUAUCAAAAUCUGUUUACUACUAUGUAUUUUUAUGUUGGAAUUUAAAAUGUAUAUGCUAAUGCAACUGUAUUUGUAAAUAAACAUGUAUAUUUCUGAGGAAAUCUUGU